AUGGCUAAGAUUAGUGAGAAAAUAACACAACUAAGAUGGUUUUAUGGAUCUUCUGUGACCACAACCUUUACAGGAAAAUCAAUCAUGAAGACAGAUACAACAACAUUACCUAUCAUAGUCAAGGAAACCAUCGAUCCAACUGAUAAAGAAAAACAGAUAUUCGAUCGAUUGCUUGAAGUUCUUGUUCAUUUCAAUCUUGACACACAGCUUCGUGUUGCAGGAGGAUGGGUUCGCGAUAAGCUUCUAGGAAAAGAUUGUUAUGACAUCGAUAUUGCUCUUGAUAACAUGUUAGGAAAAGAGUUUUGUGAAAAGGUAAACGAGUAUUUAGUAUCCACAGGUGAAGAAUCACAAGGAAUUGGUGUUAUUCAAAGCAAUCCGGAUCAAUCCAAGCAUUUGGAAACAGCAAGAAUGCGAUUAUUCGAUGUCUGGAUCGAUUUCGUCAACUUAAGAUCCGAAGAUUACACUGAAAACAGCAGAAUUCCAACCAUGCAAUUCGGUUCUCCAGAACAAGAUGCAUAUAGAAGGGAUCUUACAAUCAACAGCUUGUUUUACAACAUCAAUACAUGUUCAGUUGAAGAUUUUACAAAAAGAGGGUUGAAUGAUUUGAAAUCUGGGAAAAUCGUGACACCAUUGCCACCCAAAGAGACGUUCUUGGAUGAUCCUUUGAGGGUUCUUAGAGCAAUUCGUUUUAGUGCAAGGUUUGAAUUUGAAAUGGAUGAAGAAUUAAAAGUUGCAGCUUCAGACAAUGAUGUGAAAUCUGCCAUUGGUGGGAAAAUUAGCAGAGAAAGAAUCGGGCAUGAGAUCGAUCUUAUGGUAUCCGGGAAUCAACCAGAUAAAGCAAUAACUUACAUAUCAGAAUUAGGUUUGUUUUGGGUGGUUUUCACAUUACCUGAAAAUUGUAAACCUUCAAUUUCACAAGAAGAUGAUAGAAUUUGUGUUGAGUAUAUGAAUUUGGGAAUGAGACAGUUUCUUGAAGUGGGGUGUAGUUUUACAAAUGAACAGAGAAGGAUUUAUUUAUAUGCAUCGUUGUUUCUUCCACUUAGGAAGAUAGUUUACAUAGACAACAAAAAGAAAACAUUUCCAAUUGUGAAUUUCAUUUUCAAAAACUCUUUAAAGUUAAAAGUUAGUGAUGCGGAUGAUGUCAUGAGGCUACAUAAUGGAGUUGAGAAGCUUUUGUGUUUGAUCCCUUUCGUGUUAUCCGGUGAAGAUAUGAAUAAAACUGAUUUGGAAAUUGAUUUGAUUGAAGUUCCUGUGAAAUUGAAACCAAGGAUCUUGUUGGGUUUGGUUUUGAGGGAAAUGAAAGAUUUGUGGAGGGUUGCUUUGAUGCUUUCGAGUAUUGUGGGGGGAGAAGUGGAGAAAAGGAAGGAAGUGUUUAUGGAGGUUGAAAGAGAGAUAUUGAAAUUAGGUUUGGAGAAAGUGUGGGAAGUCAAACCUUUGGUCAACGGGAAGGAUAUAAUGAAACAUUUGGAGCUUGAAAAAGGGGGCCCGGUUGUUAGUGAAUGGCAGCGGAAGCUUCUACAAUGGCAGCUUGCUUAUCCUUCUGGAAGCUUAGAGGAAUGUGUUGAUUGGAUGAAGAGGGAAAUGGAGAAGAAGCGUGCUAGAACAUGA